UUUCACAGGAAACGUGCAUGUAGGACCGAACAAACAGGCAAGCUUUCCCUGUAUUCUAUGAGGAAGCCAAGCUUGAGUACGCAUCGCUGGCACUGCGACGAUGCCCCAAAGCAAAGUUAACUGGUGGAUCACUGCUGUCCUUACUGAAGAACACUGAAACCAUUGUUCUGCGUCCGGAAGAAAUGGCGGACAUUUUAGCCGGAGUUGUCAUUUGUCUAAUGGCAGUGCAGACCGUCCAGGUUGAUGGGAAUAGAACCAGGACCACAAACAGUCCACAAUUUAAAGUGGAUCCAAAAUCUUUCAGGGGCAACAUAUGUCAACACAAUCUCACAAAGCAGCUGUCAGCGGGUCUCCAUCCUAGCGGAGACCCGUGGCUGGAUGUGAACCCAAACGAUGCUGCAACAGCCUACACCACAGGGGUCUUAAGCACCUGGAUCCUUCCUUUAUCUUACAUCUUGGCCAUGAUUGUGGGGAUCCCCUCCAAUGCCUACAUUCUGGCCUUCCUCCGAUUGAGACUACGAACAAAGUCCUUGUCCACAGUUGUGCUUUAUCUGAACCUGGCCUUGUCGGACCUGCUCCUCCUGCUUUCCCUGGCCCUGCGCGUUCACUACCAUUUCAGUGGAAACAACUGGGUGUUUGGGGAGCUCUCCUGCCGGUUGAUGACAGCCUUGUUUUACGGCAACGUCUACUGUUCAGCACAGACUAUAGCGUGCAUCAGUCUGAAGCGCUACUUCGCUGUGGUGAAGCCUUUCUUGUACAGAAGGCUGGCCAAGACCGCAGUAACAGUGUGGGCAUGCUUGAUCGUGUGGUUCCUAUUUGGGGCUACUAUUGUACCAGAGCUCCUGGUCAGGCAAAGCUAUUGGCUUGAUCAGCUGGGGGUCACCACCUGUCAUGAUGUGCUUCCCCUCGAAGAAAAAUCCCAUUCACUGCUAGUGCCAUACAGACUGGUGCUGGUUUGUCUAGGCUUUGUAGUCCCCUUUCUGAUUUCCAUCUAUGCACAUGUGUCAGUCGUACAGCACCUUGGACAAUCAGGGUGUAACUGGAGACCUUUCAUCAAGAUCAGCACUCUGGUUUUCAUCAUCUUUGCGUUGUUUGGAUCCCUUCCUGUGUUUGCUCAUUUCUAAAUCAGCUGCAUCGGAGAUACAAUUCAUCUCCGUCCGCAGGAUCCCAGAAAGGCUGGCUGUUAAGAUAUGCGACU